AUGGGAUUUUUGAGUGGUAUUCUCAGUAACAUCAAAGAGCAUUUAGGGCAGCAUAAAAAUGAAAUAAAUAUUGCAAUUGAAGCUCUUAAGCAAAAUAAACACGCCGGUAAAAACGGUUUUAAUGUUGCGAUUGUAAAGGUGGUCGCAGGGGUGCGGGGGUAUAAUGGUAAUGUAAAGUCUUCUAAUGAAGCAGUGAAAAAACCAAUUGAAAAACUAAAAGAAGAUAUGAAGAAGUAUACAAAAGGAAAAUUAGAUGAAAUUAAAGAUGACGCAGACGUCGGUGAUUCUGACCUUUCUGAUGCUGUUACCGGAAUUGGUAAAAAGUACAAUGAGUUUAUUAACUCAACUUUUGAAGUGCUGACUGCGUUGUCAAAAGCCGAAGAAGGCAGCAAAGCAAUCAGUGAUCUCAAUCAUAAUUGUAAGAAUAAAAUUAUUAAUGCUGAAAAGACAAUCAGGCAUGAGUAUGAUACACUACAGAUGACGUUUCAGAAUCAAUACACAGACUUAGAGAGAUGUAUUAAUAGUGUGAAUAGACAUUUCAGUGCUCUUGAGCAACGGGUGAAUAGUCUGGCAAGAGAUCAAAUUACAAAACUGGUAGAUGAGAUAAAAAAGAAUUGA